AUGUAUGAGUAUAGACUUGAAGAAAAGGAGUUGGCUGACAAAGGAAUUGCUCAGGAUGGGUAUGUACUCUGUGUGAUAUUCCAGAAGGAGGGACCUGGCCCAAAAAAUGGUGCACAAUAUGGAGCACCGUUUAAUGAGGAUGAAUGGGAUGAUGAUGAUGAUGAUGAGACAGAGGACGAAGUGAAUGUCCAACAAGCUAUUUUUUCUGCUGUCAUGCAUGCACCAGCACUUACGCUGCCAAACAACCCAAACACGUCCAUGGCUACAAGCUCACAUGUGCCAGAGAGCACAUGCACUGGACCACCAAAAUCAUGUCCUUCCCAAGCCCCAGCAAUAGCUUGCACAACCCUUCCUAUGGUUUCUUAUAAUGAUGUUGCUUCUGCAGAAGCUCCUCAGGUUGUGCAGGAGAAUGUGAAUGGUGGUGAAGCUGAUUCUUCUGCUGGCAUGUCAACACCAGUAUCUCAACAACCAUGCAACAAAAAUGGUUCCAUUCAUGCUAGAUCUAGCUCAUAUGUGCCAGAAAAUACGUGCUACUCUACUUACAUUCCUAGCAUGGAUGCUCCUCAAGUGGAAGCUACUCAAAUCAUGGAUGAUGAUGAUGAUGAUAUUCUUUCGAUGCUGGCUAUCUUCGGAAAUGACAACACUGAGGCAGUUGCAAAAUUGACUUAUGUGAAUCUAUCAAAUGGGUUUAUUUCGUAUGGUUUAGGUUUUAUUAGUUCUUGGGACUUGGGAAAUCAUGAAACUAAAUUUUCUUGUGUUUUUGUUCUUGGGUUUUGCUCGAGUGUCGAUUUUGGUGGGACUGCUGAGCCAGAGGCUGACAUAUAUCAGAACUUGGGAGACCUUGCCAAUCUGGAAGGUGGGAAUAAUGUCCCCAUCUCGCAAUACUUCAUGGAUCCAACGCUGCCAGGCAGCAAUAUGGACUUUCUGGAGCUGAUGGAUCUAGACACCCCUCUCAAUCAGAGGUUGAUGCAAUCUACAAAUCCAUCAAUCAGCAUACUCCAGGCAUUUACAGACAAAGAAAUACCCCGCGUUAUCAUUAGCCCCGACACUUGA